UGUUGGGCCGUUAAGUGCGCAAAAUGGAGGAGGACGCCGUAGCCGAGAAGAAAGCUGCCCCCCCACCGGAAAAACCCCGUCAUGUCGACAUGUACGUGGACAGCGACAAGGAAGAUGAGAGAGAUAGAACCGUUCAAAGUGUGACCCCGACCUCAAGGGCUACGAGCAGCAUAGCGAGGGAGUCCAUCAUGCGGAAGAGUCGACAGCGGAGCAUGAGGGCGGUUUUCAAGGAGCGGUCAACCAAAUCACUCACCGACGUCAACCUACAGAUUAAAACGGGCGCGUCACUAAUACCCGACUUGAACCUGAUCAUUAAUCGGAUGCGCAACAUGAAGGACGACAGCUUUGUCUACUUGGAUUAUAUGCUGCCCAAGGAUAGCGAAUUCUUCACCCCGUACAGUCUGCGCGAAGUUGAGUACUGCAAUUUAAACAUCUAUAAGCCCUACUAUACAGUAACGCGGCAUGGCGUUACCUAUUGGCGCGUCUCCGAGAACUUCUUCACGCCGCUCAAUCAAUGGCAACAGGAGUUCCAGCAAUUCCUGAGCAUCAUUCAAAUACGCACCUUCUCCAUCUUUCGCUUGUGGAAGGGCUUCAAAGUGUGGGAGAAGACAAUAAAGUGGCGCAAAUUGAACUACGCCCGCAACCACUUGCAGAAUAAUCUAUUCAUCGUCAUUCCCCAACUGGCCAAAGCAGUGCUUCGGAUGCGAGCCGAUCUUGUUGUCCUGGAGCGUCUCAGCUUUGUAAAUACGGAAAAUAUCGAGGAAUGGCAUCCCUUCUACUUUCUGGAGCUUCAUAUGCGCAUCUAUGAGCAGCUGAACUUCCUCUUCCACGAAUUUCGAGGCUUUGUGGGCAAAGCUUUAUAUCGUUCAUGCACUGAGGCCAUUAUGGCACGUGGCUUCUAUCCCGAUGAUGAGAUCAAUUACUAUCCAUCUGUCAAGAAAAUGCGAGAGGCACACAGCUUUAUGGAUAGAGCCCGGAAGCGCGCGUUUUGCAAGACCUUAACCAACUUUCUCACCUACUGCGACAUGAUGUUGUAUCAAGCGCUAUAUCGUGUAACCAUUCAGAGCUACGAGGACCUGCAUCAGGCUUUUGAUGAACACAACAAGGUGGCGCCAUCGGAGGCGGAAAUAAUGAGUCACGAUCGUCUUGACACGAAAGUCGAAAAACCGCGUCCACCCGAUGCACCACAAGCUCCAUUUUUCCUGGCACAGUUGCGCCUCCUGCCCGAUCGCAUUGAGGUGGAGCCCUUGGAGGAUGUCUUGAAGCUGAUCUUUCAGCGCAUUACGGGCUUGAUCUUGGAGACUGUCCUAGACAUACCGCCCUUUACCACAGACCCGGAAUUCACCCAAUACACAGCGCCAUCGAUCAUGGGCCGUCAGGAGGAAUGUCUGUAUCAGUCAGCGCCGGAAUUGACCUUCCUGUUGAAGCAAGAUGCCACCUUCACUUUCAAUCGCAAAGAUAUAUUUGUACUGAUUCACGCGGCAUACGAGAUGGCUCAUCUUUAUACGGCACGCUUUCAUACAAUACGUGAGAACUACGAGAUUGAUGCCACCACAGAUCCGGAAGAGCUUAGCAGUGAAAGAGACCUCACGGCGCUGCGCAACUAUUGCGAUCGCUAUUGCAACAAUCUGCAAGCCUUGGAUGGUAUUUUGGAUCAGGUAUACCUUGGUCUCUUGAAACUGGGCCAGAGCGGAUUUAAGGAUGCGGUGACGCCCGUCUGUCAGCGCCUGCAAAGUGUUUUGGCCAUUUACUUGCCCCAGCUGGCCGAGGAGGAGACUACGAAGCUGUAUGAGGAUGCCCAGGACUUUUUUGGCCGCAUCGGCUUUGAGCCUCAAUCAACGCUCCCGCUGGUUGCCCACCUUCGCUUCCUUGAUAAUUGUCACUUGGAGCUCGAUGGUCUCUUCACCGUUAUUGACUAUAUACACGAUUUGCUGAUGAUCAUCAAAGACUUCAAUAUACCAAUUGACGAUGAACGCAAAGAGGACUACAUGGACACCGAGGACUAUCUGAAUCGGACCAGAGAAACGUUGGCCGAGAUUUUGGAGAAACGUCAGGACUUCAUCAAUCAGCUGGACGAAGCUAUGCAGGAAGAUAUUCACAAUCUAAAGGAAAAUAUACACGAAGUAGCUAUCCAGGCCAUCGAAGAGUGGCUGCUCAUGAGUCAAUCAGAUCGCAAAAAAGUUAAUGAGAAGCUAGAUGAUUUGCUGACCCGUAUGAAUGAGUGCCGGGAGAAAGCCGAUGAGCUGCUAGGAUAUCAGAAGGAAUUCCGAAUCGAUCUGACCAUGUAUGAGGAGAUGGACGAAGGUUUCUACAAUAUACGACAGCGGCAAAAUCUGUACAAAACAUUAAUGGACUGGGAGGAGUCGCUUGCCAGCUGGCUAGCAGCCGAUUUUAGCACUCUGCCCGUGAAUGAAAUGAUGGAGCUGAAUGCAAAGACUAUUAAGAACUGUAUGCAGUUCCAAAAGUAUUUACCACAAAAUGAUAUAGUGCCCGUACUACAAAAAUCUGCCGAAGACUUCAAGGAGAAGUUGCCGGUUAUUGGUUAUCUGCGAAAUCCGAAUCUUCGUGCGCGUCAUUGGACUGAGGUUGAGGAGCUACUGGGCCGCAAGUUCUUCCAGGAACCAAAUAUCAAGAUUGCCACCUAUGAUGAGGUACACGCAUUUGACGACGAGAACAAUGCCGAGAGCCUUAUGCAAAUCUCCUCGCAAGCCACUGGAGAAACGCAGCUGGAGAACAUGCUCAAGGGUAUCGAGACGAUGUGGAAGGAGACAGAGCUCUUCAUUGUAUCGCAUCAUGAUCAGAAAGAUGUUUUCAUUCUUGCCGGUACCGAGGAGCUGCAGGCGGUGCUGGAUGAUGCCAACGUGAAUAUCAAUACCAUAGCUGCAUCCAAAUUCGUGGGUCCCAUCAAAGCACGUGUGGAGGAGUGGACAACGGCUCUGGAUCAAUUUGGCAAGACAUUUGAGGCCUGGAUGGAUUGCCAGGGCGCCUGGAUCUAUUUGGAGGCCAUCUUUGCCUCGGCUGACAUACAACGGCAGCUGCCCCACGAAGCCAAAAUGUUCAAUCAGGUGGACAAGAACUUUAAGGAAAUACUGCGCCAUGCCAAGAAGGUGGCGUUGGCACUACCGACCAUGUCUAGCAUAGAAGUCUACGAGAUGCUUAUGGAGGACAAUCGCUUACUCGAUGCGAUUUCGCGUGGCUUGGAAGCCUAUUUGGAAGUGAAGCGUGUGGUGUUUCCCAGAUUCUACUUUCUGUCCAACGACGAGCUGCUCGAAAUUCUCGCCCAGACGCGAAUACCGCAAGCUGUGCAGCCGCAUUUGCGCAAAUGUUUCGAUGCCAUCUAUCGCCUGGAGUUUGGCCAGAAGGAGGGUGGCGAUGGCAAAAUGGUUGCCACAAAUGACAUAAUUGCCUUCCUAUCGCCCGAGGGCGAGAAGCUACAGUUCGGCAAAGGCCUAAAGGCGCGUGGUGCCGUCGAGGAGUGGCUUAGCAAGGUGGAGGAUGCGAUGUUUGUGUCCGUUAAGCGUUGCAUGCGCUUUGGCUAUCAAUGCUAUGCAGCCAAGGACCGCGACGAAUGGUUUCAAGAUCAUCCCAACCAGGUUGUACUCACCGUCUCUCAGGUACAAUGGGCCGCCGACAUACAUCGUAUAUUCGAGGCUAAGGAUUCGAAUGCAGUCAACACCGUUGACAGGAUGAUCAAAUUCGAGAUCAAAUGCCUGCAGGAUCUUGGCGCCCUGGCCGCCCUCACACGCAAAAAUAUCUCAUCACUAUUGAGAAAGAUCCUCUGCGCACUAAUCACGAUCGAUGUCCAUGCCAAGGACUCAGUGCGCAUGCUUAUAGAAAAGGGCGUCCACAAUCCCUUAGACUUCAAUUGGCUGAAGAUGCUGCGCUUCUAUUGGGCCGUGGAAAACGAGGCGGUCUUCUCUCGCAUGGCAGCUGCUAAUAUACCCUAUUAUUACGAGUACUUGGGCGCGGGAGGUGUGCUGGUGCUGACACCACUCACGGAUCGUUGUUACCUCUGUCUGAUGGGCGCCUUUCAAAUGGACUUGGGUGGUGCUCCUGCUGGCCCGGCUGGUACGGGCAAAACGGAGACAACGAAGGAUUUGGCCAAGGCUUUGGCAAAACAGUGCGUCGUAUUCAAUUGCUCAGAUGGUCUCGACUACAAGAUGAUGGGUCGCUUCUUUUCUGGCUUGGCACAGUGCGGCGCCUGGUGCUGCUUCGACGAGUUCAAUCGUAUUGAUAUCGAGGUGUUGUCUGUCAUUGCCCAGCAGUUGAUUACCAUACGAACAGCUAAGGUGAUGAAAGCCAAACGUUUCAUGUUUGAGGGUCGCGAAAUAAAGAUCAAUCACUCGUGCUGCGUCUUUAUAACCAUGAAUCCGGGCUAUGCCGGCCGUACAGAGUUGCCGGACAAUUUGAAGGCACUCUUCCGACCCAUAUCUAUGAUGGUGCCCGACUAUGCGCUCAUCUCCGAGGUUAUUUUGUAUUCUGAGGGCUUCGAGGAUCCCAAGAUAUUGGCCCGCAAAAUGGUGCAAAUGUACCAGCUGUGCAGUCAGCAGCUUAGCCAACAGAACCACUACGAUUUCGGUAUGCGAGCCGUCAAAUCUGUGCUGGUAAUGGCCGGCGCUCUCAAGCGAGCCGCACCCAAUCAGCGAGAGGAUAUAACACUGAUUGCCGCGCUGCGCGACUCAAACAUACCCAAGUUCUUGGCCGACGAUGCUAUACUGUUCCGUGGCAUACUUAGCGAUCUGUUUCCGGGCGUCGACCUGCCCGACUCGCAGCAUCCUCACUUGGAGGAAAGCCUGCGAAUUGGCCUACGUCAAAAGAAUCUGCAGGCAGUGCCCACCACCAUACGAAAGUGCCUUCAGCUAUAUGAGACCAUGUGUGUGCGUUGGGGCGUCAUGACGGUGGGUCCCACGGGAGGUGGUAAGUCGGUAGUGCUGCAUGCACUGGAGUUUGCGUUGGCCCACCUGUUCGAGAACGAGGUGCCAGAUCCAAACUUCCGGCCUGUCGUCAUACAGACAAUGAAUCCGAAGGCCGUUAGCAUGAAUGAGCUAUACGGCUAUGUGGACCCCAAGACCUUGGAGUGGCAAGACGGUCUACUGGGUCUUGCAGUGCGUGUUGCUACUCUAGUAGAGGAGGAAAUUCAUCAGUGGAUCAUGUGUGACGGCCCCGUAGAUGCCGUGUGGAUUGAGAACUUGAACACUGUCCUAGACGAUAACAAGAUGCUGUGUCUGGCCAACUCAGAGCGUAUCAAGCUAACUGCUUGGAUACACAUGCUCUUCGAAGUGCAGGAUCUGUUGCAGGCCUCGCCAGCGACAGUCUCGCGUUGCGGCAUGGUGUAUGUCGAUCCUGGGGACCUGGGCUGGAUACCGCUCGUCGAUACCUGGCGCGAAGUUGAUAUGGGCAAGAAGCUGAACGCGAAUCUGUCCGAGUUUCUGUAUCAGCUCUUUAUCGGUUACUUUGAGAAGGCGCUGAAAAUCGAACGCAAGCGCGCGUCUUACACCAUACACCAAGUGCUCGGCUCCAAGGUUCGGCUCUGCUGCUCCCUGAUCUCUUCGCAGCUGGAGGGCGUCAACUGGUACACACUGGGAGACGAGCCGGCCAAGAAUCUGCUUACAAAGAUCUUCACGUGGUGUGUGCUCUGGGCGAUUGCAUCCAACUUGAAAGAUGCGGAAAAACUGUCAUUUGAGGACUUUUGGGGCAGGGCCAUGGCUGUGCAUCCAAACAUGGACAUGCCAGAGCGUUCCCUGUGGAACUAUCGCGUCGAUUUGGAGAAUAACGAUUGGGGUAACUGGAAUGAUAUUAUGCCCAAGUUUGUAUUCCAUUCGGACAUAUCCUACUAUGACAUGCAGGUGCCAACCGUGGAUACCACAAAAUACGGCUAUGUAGCUGAUCUGCUCUUCAAACGCGACUUCCCAGUCAUGGUCACCGGAGAGACGGGCGUGGGCAAAACAGUGCUGGCCAUUAGCUGCAUGAAGCGCCUAGCCGAGGGCAAGGUCAUACCCGUGGUGCUCAAUUUCUCGGCACAAACGAGCAGCUUACGCACACAGGAAAUGAUCGAGGGACCGCUGGAGAAGCGUAAGAAGACCCAGCUGGGCGCCCCAGUUGGCAAAACUGUUAUCAUCUUCAUCGAUGACGUCAAUAUGCCCAAGCUGGAUACUUAUGGCAGCCAGCCGGCCAUUGAGCUGCUCAGGCAGUAUCUGGACUUCAAGGGCUUCUACGAUCGCGAGAAACUCUUCUGGAAGGAUAUUCUGGACGUGGUCUUGGGCUGUGCCUGUGCCCCGCCUGGCGGUGGACGCAACUUGUUGACGCCGCGUUUUGUGCGGCAUUUUGCGCUCUUUUCCCUGCCCAAGCCCAACGAGGAGACGCUCUCCCAGAUCUUCAACGGAAUUCUGCUGGGUUUCCUGCAAACGUUCUCGUCCGCGAUUCGGGCGCUGUCCGAGUCGAUAGUCAACGCCUGUGUGGACGUCUAUAUGCGUGUGACGAAAGUGAUGCUUCCCACGCCAGAUCGCUCCCAUUAUAUAUUCAACUUGCGAGACUUGUCCAAGUGCAUACAGGGCAUAUUGCAGGCGAAUAAUAUGUACUACAACCAGGAGAAUCAGAUUCUGCGGCUGUUUUACCACGAGACAACGCGCGUCUUUCACGAUCGUCUCAUCAACUUGGAGGACAAGGCGAUCUUUCGCCAGCUGAUGAAUGAUGUGUGCCUUUAUCAUUUCAAUCGCGACGUUGUCGGACUCGAAGAGCCGCCCAUACUCUUUGGCGACUUUAUGAUAUUCGGCAAGCCGAAGAACGAGCGCGUCUACGAAGAGGUCAAGGAUCAUACCAAGCUUGAGAGCGUGCUUAACGAUUAUAUUGCCGACUACAACUCGAUGGCGGUGGGCAAGUUUAUGAAAUUGAUACUUUUCCAAGACGCCAUGGAGCAUACGGUCCGGCUGGCUCGCCUACUGCGUAGCGAUCGUGGCAACGGACUGUUAGUGGGCGUUGCCGGCAUGGGCAAACAAUCGCUGACCCGACUUGCCUCGCAUGUCAACGAAUACAACUGCUGGCAGAUUGAGAUGAGACGCAACUACGAUCUCAAUGCCUUCCACGAGGAUCUGCGCGUCCUCUAUAGAAUUGCAGGCAUUGAUAAUCAGCCUGUUACCUUCCUGCUGAUUGACAGCCAAAUCGUUGAGGAGGAGUUCCUGGAGGACAUUAACAAUAUUCUCAACUCUGGCGAGGUGCCAAACUUGUUCGAAGGCGACGAGUAUGAGAAGAUUAUACUGGAUGCGCGUGAUGCCUGCAAUGCGUCCAAAAAGGACGAGAGCUGUCCACGCGAUGAGAUCUACAAGUUCUUCAUUAACCGCGUGAGGAACAAUCUACAUGUGGUCAUGUCGAUGAGUCCAGUGGGUGAUGCAUUUCGACGACGCUGCCGCAUGUUCCCCUCGUUGGUUAACUGCACCACCAUCGAUUGGUUCACUAGCUGGCCCACCGAGGCCCUGUACUCUGUUGCCUUGGGCCUGCUCACAAAGAUCGCACCCAACUAUAACGAGAGAGUGGCUCUGGCUAGCACCACUGUGUUUAUGCACAAGACCGUCGAGGAUGCCUCUGUGCGUUUCUACAAGGAGAUGAAGCGGCAUUACUAUACCACACCCAGCAGCUAUCUAGAGCUGCUCAAGCUAUACGAGUCUCUGCUCAAGAUUAAAACUCAGGAGAUUAUAGCCAAGCGGAAGCGCAUUGCCAGCGGUCUUAACAAGUUGCUGGAGACAAAUGAAGUGAUUGCAGUAAUGCAAAAGGAGCUAGAAGUUAUGGUGCCUCAGCUGGAUGAAAAGUCGGCCAUGAUGAAGUCCUUGGUGGACAAUCUAACCAAGGAGACCAAACAAGCGGACGCUGUCAAGCAAGGCGUCAUGGAGGAUGAGGCCAACGCAAAGGAGAAGGCAGCCAUUGCCCAGGCCAUAUCCGCAGACGCCAGCAAGGACUUGGAGACAGCCAUGCCAGCUCUGCGUGACUCCGAGGAGGCACUCAAAGGUCUCACAAAAGCCGACAUCAAUGAACUGAAGUCGUUCACCACACCGCCAGCCCUAGUGCAGUUCUGCAUGGAAGCUGUUUGCAUUUUAUUGGGCGCAAAACCCACCUGGGCAGCCGCUAAGGCCAUUAUGGCAGACAUUAACUUCAUCAAGCGACUGUUCGAGUACGACAAGGAGCACAUGAAGGACGACGUCGUCAAGAAAGUCAAAAAGUACAUCGAGCAUAAGGAUUUUGUACCCGCUAAAUUCGAGAAAGUAUCCAAAGUAGCCAAGUCGGUGAGCAUGUGGGUCAUUGCCAUGGACAGCUUCAACAAAGUCUACAAAGUGGUGGAGCCGAAGAUCAAGCGCAAAGAAGCAGCCGAAGCGGAGCUCAAGGAGGUGAUGAAGGUGCUGCGACAAAAGCAAAAGGAGCUCGCGGCUGUCGAGGCAAAGAUACAAUCGCUGCGCGACAGCCUGGAAGAGAAACAGCUCGAAUUUCAGGCCAUACAGGAUAAUGUGGAUCUCACCUAUGGACGCAUCAAUCGCGCCGGACGACUCACCUCUGCGUUGGCCGACGAACAGGUUCGCUGGCGAGACACUGUCAAAUCUCUUACAGGCGACCUGGGCUGUGUGCCCGGGGAUGUGCUGGUGGCAGCUGCCUGUGUUGCCUACUUAGGCGCCUUCUCCAAUCAAUAUCGUCGCGAAAUGAGCCAAUUGUGGGUGGACAAAUGUCGCGAGUACACCAUUCCCUCCAGCAAGGAAUUCAAUUUACUGAAGGUCCUGGGCGAUGCCUACGAGAUGCGGCAAUGGAAUGUCGACGGUCUGCCCAAGGAUAACAUAUCCAUUGAGAAUGGUAUAUAUGCGACGCGUGCCUUGCGCUGGGCCCUCAUGAUCGAUCCGCAGGAGCAGGCCAAUCGCUGGAUACGCAACAUGGAGAAGGCUAACAACCUGCAGGUCAUCAAGAUGACAGACCCCUCCAUGAUGCGCGUGCUUGAGAACAGCGUACGGCAGGGUAAUCCAGUGCUGCUGGAGGAAAUCGAAGAGACCAUAGAUCCCUCGCUGCGUCCCAUACUCCAGCGGGAGACGUACAAGUCUGAGGGUCGGAUCUAUCUCAAGUUGGGCGACCAAGUCAUUGACUACGAUGAUAAUUUCAAACUGUAUAUGACCACAAAGCUGCCCAAUCCCCAUUACCUACCCGAGGUGUGUAUCAACGUGACCUUAGUUAACUUCUUAGUCACCGAAAGCGGACUCGAGGACCAAUUGCUGGCAGACAUUGUAGCUAUCGAGCUGCCAGCCAUGGAGGCGCAACGUAACGAUCUGGUGGUCAAGAUCAAUACGGAUAAGCAGCAGCUGCUGGCAUUGGAGGAUAAAGUGCUGAAGCUUCUAUUCAACUCUGAGGGAAAUAUUUUAGACGAUGAGGAAUUGGUGGAAACACUAAAUGAUGCCAAGGAAACUUCAUUGAUCAUUGCGGCUCGUCUUAUCGAUACAGAGGAAACUGAAAAGAUUAUAACGGCAUCGCGUGAGCGUUAUCGAAUCCUAUCGUCUCGUGGCGCUAUUCUCUAUUUCGUUGUCGCCAGCUUAGCUGAAAUCGAUCCCAUGUACCAGUACAGCCUGAAGUAUUUCACGCAGGUCUUUUGCAAUGUUCUACGCAUUGACCAUCCCGCUAUGGCCGUAGAGCUGCGCAUCUCUACAUUGAUGGUGGAUGAGUUGAAGGCUAUUUACGAUAACAUAUCGCGUGGUCUGUUCGAGAAUCAUAAACUAAUCUUUAGCUUCCUGCUGGCGCUGUCUGUGGAACGGCAAGAGGGUCGUGUCACUGAAGAUGAGUUUGGGUUCCUCACGCGCGGCGCUGUUGGCACAGUGAAAGCCAAGCCACAGCCACCGGAAUUGAAAAUCAGUCAGGUUCAAUGGGAGGCGGCACUAUUUUUGGAAAUGCAUUUUCCGGAAGCCUUUUCGAACUUCACCGACGAGCUGGGCACUCCGUUUUUCAUUCAGCUGCAGGACAACAGGGAGGAGUUUGAUUACGCCCAAACCAAUGCACCGCCCACGGACAAGUGGAAUAAGCGACUAAAGAACUUCCAUAAGCUCAUGUUUAUUGCAAAUUUCCGAAAGCCACGUUUCGUUCUCAAUGUCGUUAGUUACCUGCAUGAGACGGUGGGUAAAUACUUUACAGAAGUCUCCGCCGGGGGCACACAGCUCAGCACAGUAUAUCUGGAUACCUCAUCGGUGACUCCAUUGAUCUUUGUGCUGUCCACCGGCUCGGAUCCCAUGUCUGGUUUCCUUAAGUUCACCACAGAAAUGAAGUUUACGGAUAAAUAUUACUCCAUUUCAUUGGGCCAGGGCCAAGGACCACUUGCCGAAAGUUUGAUUGAUAAGAGUUUGCGCAUGGGCCACUGGGUAUUUCUGCAGAACUGUCACUUGGCCACGUCCUGGAUGCGAGUGCUAGAGACGGUAGUGCGGAAUCUAACUCUGGGCAUUACAAAGGCACACGCAGACUUCCGUUUGUUCCUUUCCUCCAUGCCCACCCAAUCCUUUCCCAUUAGUGUGCUGCAAAACUCUGUUAAGAUUACCAAUGAGCCGCCCAAAGGCAUCAAGGCGAAUGUCAUUGGCGCCUUGGGUGAUCUGAAGACUGAGUUCUUCGAGCAGCACAUCCAGAAUGGCAAAUGGCGUGCAAUUGUUUUUGGUUUGUGUAUGUUCCACGCGGUUCUAUUGGAGCGUCGCAAGUUCGGACCACUUGGCUGGAAUAUAACGUACGAGUUCAGUGAGAGCGAUCGCGAGUGUGGAUUAAAGACUCUGGACUUCUUUAUCAAUCGUGAAGUCAUGAGCGAUAUACCGUGGGAAGCCAUACUCUACAUCAAUGGCGACAUCACGUGGGGCGGUCGCGUUACGGACUACUGGGAUCUGCGUACACUGCGCACAAUAUUAACCAUCUUCUCAUCGGAGCGCAUUAUACAGCCGGACUAUAAGUAUUGCCGAGGCGACACUUAUUACAGAGAUCCGCAGGGCAAGACGCUCAAGGAGUAUGCGACAUUUGUGUUGGGUUUCCCGGUGUUAGAGGAUCCCGAGAUCUUUGGCAUGAAUCAGAACGCCAACAUUGUGUUCCAGACCAAGGAAACCGAAUUCUUUAUCAACACACUUAUGCUGGGCCAGCCACGCUCCGCAGCCGAUGAGGGUCAGGCCAUGGAGAAUGACCUCUGUCAGUCUAUCAUAGCGCGCAUACAGCAAGUCCUAACCAACAAGAUACAGCGCGAGCCGAUACACGACACUCUCACUGUGUUGGACAGCAAGGGCCAGAUGCCAUCGCUGACGACUGUCUUAGUGCAGGAGAUCGAUCGCUUCAACAUUGCGCUAGGCAUCAUUCAUGAUAGCUUGAUCAAUCUGUCGAAGGCAAUCAAAGGUUUGGUUGUAAUGUCCGAGGAUCUGGAAUUGGUAUUCCGUGCACUGUUAGCCAAUGUUGUGCCCGCGAGCUGGGCCAAGCGCAGUUUUCUGUCCAUCAAGCCGCUGCCCAACUACAUUGUGGACUUCCAGCGACGCAUCGACUUCAUCCAACACUGGGCUGAGAACGGGGCACCACGCUCCUAUUGGAUCAGCGGCUUCUUCUUCCCACAGUCGUUYCUCACCGGUGUCCUGCAGACGUAUGCCAGACGUCGUGUGCUGCCCAUCGAUUCGCUGAAGAUUGAUUUCCAAGUAGUCGAGCUGGAGCUAGUGCAGCAGGACUUCUUCGAGCUGCACAAUGCACAUGUCAGCGACGCUCGUCUUUAUGGCAAUCUGGAGGACUGCACGGAUGGCAUGAUCAAUGUACACGGCAUCUUUGUGGAGGCCGCUCGCUGGGAUCUGAGCAUGGGUGGCCUGACGGAUGCGCGCUUCGGUGAACUAUACACCCGCAUGCCUAUCAUUCGCUUCUUCCCAUGCCUGGAGGUUAAUCCCAUUGUGCGUUACGAGGCGCCUCUCUAUAAGACCCAGCAGCGUUCCGGAGUGCUCUCCACCACGGGCCACUCCACCAACUUUGUGCUCUCCAUACUGUUGCUCAGUAAGAACGAUCCAGAAUUUUGGAUAAUGCGCGGCACCGCCCUCGUCUGCGCCGUACUGGAGAACAUUUCCUGAACACAUUGAAACAUGUUCACAUAUAUGCUGCAUAUAACUAGGCGUCUUUAUUUCGUACAGUUCGUUUCAAUUAUGUUUUGGGUUCUCUUUGAGGCAUAACCCGGCUAAUACAAUUAUUAUAUGUAUAUUUGCAUAUGUGUUAUUCAUAUUUCUAGAGCUUUAGAGU